AUGUUGGCUUCCAGAAUCCAGCGCAGGGCUUUCUCUGCCUCUGCCCGCAACCUCUCCAAGGUUGCCGUCCUUGGUGCUGCUGGUGGCAUUGGCCAGCCUCUUUCUCUUCUCCUCAAGAAGAACUCCAAGGUCACUGAGCUUGCCCUGUACGAUAUCCGCGGCGGACCCGGUGUCGCUGCUGACCUUUCCCAUAUCAACACCAAGUCUACCGUCAAGGGUUAUGAGCCCACUGCUGCUGGCCUCGCUGAGUGCGUCAAGGGCUCCGACAUCGUCCUCAUCCCCGCUGGUGUCCCCCGUAAGCCCGGCAUGACCCGUGACGAUCUCUUCAACACCAACGCCUCCAUUGUCCGCGACCUCGCCAAGGCCGUUGCUGAGUCUGCUCCCAAUGCCAAGCUCCUCGUCAUUGCGAACCCCGUCAACUCGACCGUUCCUAUCUGCGCCGAGGUCUUCAAGGCCCGUGGUGUCUACAACCCCAAGACCCUUUUCGGUGUCACCACUCUGGAUGUUGUCCGUGCCAGCCGCUUCGUCUCUGAGAUCAAGGGAACUGACCCCAAGGACGAGAACAUCACCGUCGUUGGCGGCCACUCCGGUGUCACCAUCGUCCCUCUCUUCAGCCAGAGCAACCACCCCGAGCUGAGCUCCAACGCUGAGCUCGUUAAGCGUGUCCAAUUCGGUGGUGACGAGGUCGUCAAGGCCAAGGAUGGCGCUGGGUCUGCCACCCUCUCCAUGGCCAUGGCUGGUGCUCGCAUGGCCGACUCUCUUCUCCGUGCUGCUGCUGGCGAGAAGGGUGUCAUUGAGCCCACUUUCGUCGACUCACCCCUCUACAAGGACCAGGGCAUUGACUUCUUCUCCAGCAAGGUCGAGCUGGGCCCCGACGGUGUCAAGCAGAUCUUGCCCGUUGGCAAGAUCGACGCCGCUGAGGAGAAGCUUCUCGAGGCUUGCCUGCGCGACCUCAAGAAGAACAUUGAGAAGGGUGUCGCUUUCGUCGCUCAGAACCCUGGAAAUUAA